CUGCUGCUGCUGCUGCGACGGAAUCCAUGGCUCUGCCUGAGGCUGGUGCCUGCAGCCGGCUUCUUCUGCGACCCCGCAUCGUUCUUUUCGGAGACUCAAUCACUGAGUUUUCCUUCCAAGAAAAUGGAUGGGGUGCAUCUGUUGCUCACAGACUAGCUAGAAAAUGUGAUGUUUUGAAUCGUGGACUUUCGGGUUAUAACACAAGGUGGGCAAAAAUCGUUCUUCCAAGACUGAUCUACAAAGAGUCUAAUGCCAAGAACACUAUUGCAGUAACGGUCUUCUUUGGAGCCAAUGACAGUGCUUUAAAAGAUGUGAAUCCUAAGCAACAUGUUCCACUGGAUGAAUAUGCCGACAAUUUGAAAAGUAUGAUACAAUACUUAAAGUCUGUGGACAUUCCAGAGGAUAAAAUUAUUUUGGUGACACCACCACCCCUUCAUGAAAUGACUUGGGAAAAAGAAUGUAUUGCCAAAGGUGAAAAAUUAAAUCGCUUCAACUCCACUACUGGUGAAUAUGCCAAUGCAUGUGUUAAAGUAGCUAGAGACUGUGGCACUGAUGUCAUUGAUCUGUGGACACUUAUGCAAAAAAAUAACCAGGGCUUUUCCUGUUAUCUGUUGGAUGGCCUCCAUUUAUCAGGGGAAGGAAAUAAUUUUCUAGCAAACCAGCUCUGGUCACUUCUGGAACAAAGAACAUCAACACUUCCUGUGCAGCUUCCCUACUGGCGUGAUGUAGAUCAUCUCCACCCUGAAGCCAGUCUUCUGGGGGAAUCGUCAUGAUUAGAAAAAGUAAUAAAACACUAGCUCUUG